AUGACAACGGCCCCGGACGUCGGGAGCUACCACGCCAUUGCGCUGCCGCUUCCCCACAGCUCUUUCCAACGCUUUGUUUACGCCAAGAAACACAGCAGCAAGUCCAGCUCUAGGGCCGAGUCCCUUCUGGCUGCUGAUCGCACUGCCUAUGUCGUCAAUUUGCCUCUAAGCGCGUCAGAAGAGUGGCUACGCGCGUGUUUCGAGUCGAUGGGCGCUAUUCAACACGUUGUCGCAGGAUCAGAAGGACUUUACGUGGAGAAUAGUCACCAAAAAGACGAUGAAGGAGAUUGUGCACGUGAUAUUGGCGGCACGCGCACAGCGUACGUGGUGUUCAAGACAGAAGAAUCGCUGAACAAAAUGCUGCAGGUGGACCUUACAGAGACACCUACCCCAAGACAAGUGAGCGGUCUGCAAGCUUACGCGGCAAAGUAUCGUCGUAACCGUCCGGGUCUCUCGAUUUUGAAAGACAUGGCGGAUCGGUUCAUGGCGUCGUUUGAUGCAGCAGAAGAGGAAAGUUUACGUGGUCGUAAAGAGUUGAAGAACCGGGUGGAUGACGAUGGAUUCCAGAGCGUGGUAAACACGAAGAAGCGCGGGAUGAUUCUAGCAGAGGAGGUGCUAGCUAGACCCGCUAAGAAACUCAAGAGCAAGGAAAUUGAUAACUUCUACAGGUUCCAGACGCGCGAGAAGAAGCGAGACCAAUUGAAAACGCUUCGUGAACGAUUUCAAGAAGACCGCCGUGUGGUUGACGAGUUAAAGAAGGCCAACAAAUUUCAGCCGGAAUAG